CAGAAUGGGCUUGUGUAACUUUGCGAACGUGCCAGAAAAGUUUAAAAAGCCCUCAUCUCCUCCCACCCACCUACCCUCCGCCCCUCCUUCCCUCCCUCCGCUGCCGCUUCAUUCCAGACACCAGCAAAAGCAAGAGGGAGAGGCGGCUCGCUCAGUCCCGCGCCGAGCGCAUUCCUUUUAGCAAUCUUGGAGAGGAAGAGAGGGGACGCUUGUUGCAAAGGGGAAAUCUGCCACCUGUGUACGAAGACAGUGCCCAGGCGCCUGCAAGAGCUGCUGCUUCGCCGUCGGACUGUUGUUUGGCUCGACGGUCCUUCCAGGACCCAGGGGUGCCAAGGGGUACCCCACUCGCCGCCGCCGCAGCCAUGCGCCUCUCCACCCGGCCGCCGCUGCUGCUCCGUGUAGCCCAGCUGCAGGCGUGCGUCUAUUGGAGUUGCCUGCUGUGCGCGCCGUCGGGCGCGCUGCCUCAGCCAAGGAACCCGCCGCCGCCGGCCGUGUGGAGGCAAAGGAUUCAGUGGGAGAACCAGGGGCAGCUAUACAGCCUGCUCAGCGUGGGCUCCCAGUACCAGCCGCCUCGACGGCGCGCAAGCCAGCAGCCCGCGCAAGGCGGCCACGUGUUGCUCCUCCGGGGCAAUGGCACCGCUCCGCGCAGGGCGCAAGCCAUCGCCGCCGACGGCACCACCCGGAGACCCGAGGCGCAGCACUGGUUCCAAGCCGGCUACCAGCAGCCCGCCGGCGACGGGGGGCGCGGGGCCGACGGCGCUGCCAGCAGCAGCUCUCGGCGAGCGCCCCUCGCCAGCGCCCCCUCCAGGCCGGGCAACAGCAGCGGCGCGCCUCCUCUGAGCAACUUCCCUCGGGCGCGCGGCUUAGACCGCAUGGUGGGCGAUGACCCGUACAACCCGUACAAGUACUCGGACGACAACCCGUACUAUAACUAUUACGACACGUACGAGCGGCCCCGGCCCGACAGCCGACAGCGGCCCGGUUAUGGCACCGGUUACUUCCAGUACGGUCUCCCAGACUUGGUACCAGAUCCGUACUACAUCCAAGCAUCCACUUAUGUGCAGAGGACUUCCAUGUACAACCUGAGGUGCGCUGCUGAAGAGAACUGCCUUGCAAGCUCAGCUUACAGGUCGGAUGUCAGAGACUAUGAUAAUAGAAUGCUUCUGAGAUUCCCCCAGAGAGUGAAAAACCAAGGCACAUCGGAUUUCUUGCCAAGCCGACCACGAUACUCUUGGGAGUGGCACAGUUGUCAUCAACACUACCACAGUAUGGAUGAAUUCAGCCAUUAUGACUUGCUUGAAGCAAGCUCCCAAAGGAGAGUUGCUGAAGGACACAAAGCAAGCUUUUGUCUUGAAGAUACGUCCUGCGAUUACGGAUACUAUAGAAGGUAUGCGUGUACAGCACAUACGCAGGGAUUGAGCCCUGGGUGUUAUGACACAUACAAUGCUGACAUAGACUGCCAAUGGAUUGAUAUCACAGAUGUUAAACCUGGAAAUUACAUCUUAAAGGUUAGUGUAAACCCGAGCUACUUGGUACCAGAAUCAGACUACUCCAACAAUGUAGUGCGUUGCGAUAUCCGUUAUACAGGUCACCAUGCAUAUGCGUCUGGCUGCACAAUUUCACCGUAUUAAGAUGAAAGAAAAUUUAUGCAACGGUGUCCAAGGUUUUGAGGUGAAAUUAUUUUAUAAACUUGAGACAGGAUGUAAAAACUUUUGAAAGCGAAAACGAAAAAAGGACCAGAGUAUAUACAAAAAGAAUUUUAAUGACUCUGAAGCAUUAAGACCUCCUUCAGAAUGAAUGUUGUCACUCAAUUCAUGUGUUCAACUUUUGAGGACAGUGAAAGAUUGGUGCUUUAUAUACAGUAUUUCAAAUUCUACAGGAAGUUUUAACCCAUUCACAGAAAUGCCUUUUCUCUGACUACUGGAAAAUCAGUACGCUAUUUGUGAAUGAGCUUAAGGAACAAUUUAAAGGAUAUUCAAAGAGGCUGAGAUUCAAAGAUUUACUUUAGGUUCAUAUAUGCCCAAUGGAAUCUUACACAUUUUACUUUUUUUUAACAACAGACUCCAACCCCUCCAUAUCAAAACUAUGCUUUUUACAUUUUCAUUUUCUUUGGAGGUUUAUUGCUAGGUAGCAAGUGGCCAGGGCAGUGGUGUCCAAAGGUUCAUGGAACUAAUUUCACAAUUAUUUGGUCUGCAGUCAUAUAAUAAAUACUGAGAGUAAGGAGGAGGAGGAAAAAUCAGUGGUCAUGGGGCAAAAUCUGGGGCAAACUCUGGGGAAAUGAAACUCCCAACAGAGCUAAACACCCAGCAUGAUAAUUUUCUAUCCUUGGGACAAAAUGUAUUGUUCACUUUUUAAGAACUGUUCAUGCUUCAUGUAUAGCAAUGGUUAUUCAUUACACCUUUUCAGAUGAAAGUAUUUGCAUUUUAGACGUAUUAGCGGGCAAGUAUCUUCUUAAACCAGAUGCCUAUUGGUAUUUUGACAAGCCAUUUUUUCAGAAUAUGAAAUAGUGAAUUACCCAUUUCCAAUGUUUGCUGCAGAUUGCUUUGCACAUUUUCUUCUUUUUUCCGUACAGCUCUAAAGAUUUUAAAUUACGAUUAUUUAGAAACUAUUCUCCCUUAAUAGAAUUUGGGUAACCUGGAUUAAAGCUGAUCUAUACACUCGGCAGAAAAAAAUAAGUCUAUUUACAAAGGUGGAAUUUCUAGGUAUUUUCCAUUAUUUAGUGCAAACUUUAAUUGAUUAAAAAAAAAGGUUAGGAGUAAUAUAGUCUGGUAGCAUCACAAAACAAGGCUUAAAAGACUGAUUCACAAGGAGCUAAUGGAUGUUCUCCAUGAAUACUGUGUUUUAAACCUUGUAGGCAGUCAGAAAGAAUGAAGGUUUUUUUUAUAAAAAAACCAUACUAGCAGGAUAUUCAGUAGGCUGCAUACUAAAUAAUGCAGUACUGUAUUAUAUGAUAAUACCUGCCAUAUGCAGGAUUCCACAGGCAAACUUGUAAAUAAUUUAAGUGAAGAAAAUCAUAACUCCAAAUUGAAAAUUGGUUGUUAGAGGUAGAAGAAUCAUUCCUCCUUUGGCUAAAGUGAAAUAGAUGGGUUUCUCCACCUCCCAAAACUGUGAAAUAAUUUCUAGCAGAUGGGAGUCUUCCUUCCCACUACUAGCUUGCUGAAAGGCCCUAUAAAUAUUCAGUUGUUGGCCAUGCUUUUUAGCUGUUAGAACUAAAACUUGCUGCAUUUUGAGUGCAUUCCAUACAUUAAAUAUGAAAGAAGUGAUAUACAUUAAGCUUGGGGAAUAUAAGGACAUUUUCAAUAACCAUUUCUUGGAGAUGUUUAAUGGCUUGGAAUAUGUGAUUGUCUUGAAGACGCUCAAGCUCCUCCACUUUUAGUACUACAAUUUAUUUUGCAAAUUUAAACAAAAAUUUGUCAUCCACACCACUGUCUGUCCAGGCUGACAAGACCUGCUUCUGCCUAUUUUGCUUGCCAGUGCCUUCCCCUUAGCUUGGAUAGUUCUGGUGGAUGUUGAAAUCACCAGUCCUACCAUGUGUAAUAUGUCCAGUAUCACACAUGAACAUAAGCAACACCCUUUCAUACGUCAACAACAAUUGCUAUCCACAUGAUAAAAAAAUUCCUUCCAGUAGCACCUUAGAGACCAACUUAGUUUGUUAUUGGUAUGAGCUUUCGUGUACAUGCACACUUCUUCAGAUACACUGAAACAGAAGUCACCAGACCCUUAUAUGGGGAGGGGUAUUACUCAGAAGGGUGGUGGGAAUAACACCAUUACUGGCCCCAACAACAUCAAACAUACCAUCUCAGGACUAUUUAAUUGCUCAACUUCCAACAUUGUGUAUGCCAUCAAAUGCCAGCAGUGCCCUUCAGUUCUCUAUAUUGGACAAACAGGCCAAACCCUACGCCAAAGGAUAAAUGGACAUAAAUCGGACAUCAGGAAUCACAAGACAGAGAAACCAGUAGGAGAACACUUCAGUCUCCCAGGACAUUCUAUACAAGAUCUCAAAGGAGCUGUCUUAUUACAAAAGAAUUUCAGAAACAGACUGGAAAGAGAAGUUGCUGAAUUGCAGCAACUUAUUACCAAACUUAAAACCAUGGAGAGACCUGGUCGGAAUAGAGACAUUGGAUUCUUAUCUCAUUAUACACGAUAAAGCUAUUUUUAGCCAUCUCA